AUGGUUAGGAUAAGAGAACCCGAUAAAAAUAGAACACAAACCAAAUAUAGAAGAACUGGAACUUCUGUUACCUACAGUAAUUGUGGCCAAUACAGACACAAUAGGAGACUCUGUCCAAACCCUAUAGUGGCAGCUUCUGAAGGCACACAAGGAUCUGAUGCUGCAACUAGAACUGGAGGAGUUGAUGCUGCUACUGCUAAUGAACCUGGUGCUGCUGUUGAAGCAAAUGGAUCUGCAGCUGCUCCUACUGCUAGAUCCAGGAUGUCUAGAGGGAGAGGCAGAGAAAGAGCAGCAGUAGGGAUGGGCAGAGGAAGGGAUAGAGGGAGGGCUACAUCCAUGACUGCACCAGCAUCAAAGCCUUCAAACACCCCUGCACCACCAUCACAACCUCCACACACCCCUGUACUACCAUCACAGCCGGCCACCUUACCUACACCAGCAUCACUGCCCACCACCUUGUCUACACCAGCAUCACUGCCCACUACACCAGCAUCUCAACCUUUACCCAAGACCAAAAUCUUUGGUGUAAGAAGAAGUGGAAGACUCAAGAUUGGAGUUAGGAAGACAACAAAUCAGCCACCUGAACAUGUUGACCUCACACUUGAUUGAGGCUGAAGAGAGUUUAGGGUUUUUU